CUCACAGAAAUACGUAGAUCGUUUUAUACAUAUACCAUGUUAUCAAUUGCUGCUGCUGCAUCCUCAGCACUUUCAAAUUCAAUGAAAGCAAAUCCUCUGUGUUUCUCUGAUUCAUAAUCUAGCGGUAUUUGGACGUCAACAAUUUCACCAAAAGAUUUAUUAUUUUUAUAACUAUGACAUUGGAAUAAACAAAUAUGUCCGAUAACAAUUUUAUUGACUGAAAGACGCCGGCGCGCCGGUAAUACACACUACCACCGUGUGACAACGAAUACACUGGAAACACAUAUAAACCCUUAAUCGAAGUAAAGCAGCAAUAGGUUAUAUAAGAUCAAUUUGUCAAUAAAAUUGAUAACAUGCAUUGAUAACGUCAACGUGUUAGUAAUAACCAUUUAUAAACGAACGUGUUGUAGAGUCGAAAAUACAAGAAUUCUCUCCUUGAUAUUCUUUAGUCUUGAGACUAUCAUUUCUUGCCGACACCAUGUAUCGCAAUGUAUCUACAUUACAAAAGUGCACUUCGUAUCAUGCAUUGAUAUUAACUAGAACAAUGCAUCUGUUAAAAGAUCUUGCAUAUAUAAAUGGAAAGUGGGUGGGAGCAAACAGCAAACAAACAUUUCCUGUUUAUAAUCCAGUAGACAAAUCUGUUAUAAACUGUAUACCUGACAUGGAUGUUGAGGACACAAAGACAGCUAUUGAAGUAGCAUCUAAAGCUUUUAAAUCUUUUCAUGCGACAGGUGCAAAAGAACGAAGUGAUUUGCUUAGAAACUGGUAUAAUUUAAUGGUGAAAUAUUCUGAAGAUUUGGCACAGAUUUUAACUAAAGAAAAUGGAAAAUCCCUGGCUGAAUCUAGGGCUGAAAUUAGAUAUGGAAAUUCUUUUGUUGAAUGGUUCUCAGAAGAAGCUAGAAGAGUUGAUGGAGAAGUGUUGCAAGGAGGAGAUCCUAAUAGACAUUUAUUUUUAUUGAAGCAACCAGUAGGUGUAGCUGCUUUAAUUACACCAUGGAACUUUCCUCACGCUAUGAUUACGCGUAAAGCAGGAGCUGCCUUAUCUGUUGGGUGUACAUGUGUAGUGAAACCAUCUGAAGAUACACCGCUCACUGCUUUAGCAAUAGCCGAGCUUGCAGAGAAAGCAGGAUUUCCACAUGGAACCUUCAAUGUUCUUACAACAAGUCAAAAAAAUUCUGCAGCUGUGGGUAAAGAGCUAUGUGAAAAUCCUGAAGUAAGAGUUUUAUCAUUUACUGGUUCAACACCAGUUGGAAAAAUUUUGUAUAAACAAUGUGCUUCAACUAUGAAACGACUUAGUCUUGAAUUAGGUGGUAAUGCACCAUUUAUUGUUUUUGAUUCUGCAAAUUUAGAUUUAGCUAUAACAGGUGCUAUGGCAAGUAAAUUCCGUAAUACUGGUCAAACAUGUGUUUCUGCAAAUAGAUUCUUUGUACAAGCUGGUGUAUUUGAUCAAUUUAUUGAAAAAUUUUUAGCAAAGAUUAAAAGUGAUAUUAAAUUGGGUGACGGUAGUAAGAAAGAUGUUACUCAUGGACCUCUUACUAAAGAAAAUCAAUUAAAUAUUGUACAUGGAUUAGUUAGUGAUGCAGUUGAAAAGGGAGCAAAAGUACAUUGUGGUGGUACACCAUUACCUCAAAUAGGACCACUGUUUUAUGCUCCUACUCUUAUUACAAAUGUAACUAAGGAAAUGGAAAUAUACAACAAAGAAAUUUUUGGUCCAGUAGCAGUUAUUAAUAAGUUUGAUACUGAAGAUGAAGUUAUACAAAAAGCCAAUGAUACACCUGUUGGUUUGGCUGGUUAUUUUUAUUCGCGUGAUGUAUCACAAAUAUUUAGAGUAGCUAAAGCAUUAGAAGUUGGGAUGGUUGGUGUAAACGAGGGAUUAAUUUCUUGUGCAGAGGCUGCCUUUGGUGGGGUAAAAGAAUCAGGCAUAGGUCGAGAGGGAUCUAAACAUGGAACUGAUGAUUAUGUUGAUAUUAAAUAUAUAUGCAUUGGAAAUAUUAAACAGUAAUGUUUCAAUUGAAAUACUCGAACUGACUCAUAUAUUUUUGUAGAAAUAUUAAAGAAGAAGAAAGGGCUUGAAAUAUUUUUUUGUAUAAGAUAUUUUAGAAUUAAAUCAUAGUAUUGUAUUGAAUCAAAACAAUACAUUACUUAUGAAAUUACAUGUCUUCCAAUUUUUUAUUUAGUAUAGUAAUGCAUAUCAUAAAAAUACUGCGAAAUAAUACAUUGUAGUGUAUAUAAAUGAUAUACUUAGCUUGUGUAUAUUAAUGAUGACUUAUUUAUAUUACGUUUAUAUUUAUUAUAUUUUUAUUUAAUCAAAAUAUUAAAAACAUUCUUAGGUUAUAGCAGUUAAAUUUAUUUUUCCGUAUUAACGACGUAUAAAUGAAGUUUAGUUUGUUUACAGUAUAAUAAAUAAUGACAAUAAGAUAUAUAUAUAUAUAUAUGAAACUAUUGAAAACACAGUCUUCCAAAGUUUAUUGUACACAAUAGCAUUAUGAAAUGUAUAUAUAAAAGGGAUAGGUAGUUGUAAGAAUAUACGAUUGUAUUUUAGAAAUAAUAUUAUAUUCAUAAUAUGUAAUAGUAAAUAUACAUACAGCAAAACAUUA